GCUUAACUGUCUGCAAGGUUAAUUAUUUCUCACUGUAAAGCUGAACUGACAGGCACAGUUUAAAGGCUUCUGCGUGUGGCGAGGGCGCUCUCCUGUGUCUGAGCUCAUUUCCUCCUGGGCGUGCCGGACUCACGCCGACUGCUUUCACUUCCCUGUGCAGCUGCAGAUCUGGCAGAGGAUCUCAGAGGUGAGGAGGUGGCUGACGCAGAGAUGAGUGUCUACAGCAAUGCCUCCAACGAAGACCUGAGCGACGAGUUGGAGAGCUUGGGGUGGUACCACUAUGACCUGUCCCGGCACGCUGCAGAGGCUCUCCUCCUGUCCAAUGGGGUGGAUGGGAGUUACCUCCUGAGGAACAGUAACGACGGUCCUGGCUGCUUUGCUCUCUCUGUCAGAGCGAAGGAUUCAGUGAAGCAUUUUCAUGUGACACGCAGAGACAACAUCUAUAUAUUUGGGUUUAACGAGUUCCAAAGCCUUCAGGACUUCAUCAACCAUUUCGCCAACCAGCCUCUCCUGGGAAGUGAUGCAGGGACCCUCAUGGUGCUCAAGAGUCCGUAUCCGUGGCGUGUGGAGGAGCCGUCCAUCUACGAGUCAGUGCGAGUGCACACUGCUAUACAGACGGGUCGGACGAAAGAUGAUCUGGUGGCCAAAGCACCAUCGUUGGGCACCAAGGAAGGCUAUCUAGUGAAACAAGGAGCAUUUGUGAAGAACUGGAAGCAAAGGUGGUUCACACUCCACAGAUAUGAACUUAAGUACUUUAAAGACAAAAUGUGUGAGGAGCCCAUUCGGACGUUGGAUUUAACGUCCUGUUCUGCAGUCCAGUUCGACUAUUCUCAGGACAAAGUGAACUGCUUUUGUCUCGUGUUUCCCGAGCGAACAUUUUAUCUCUGUGCAAAGACGGGAAUUGAGGCAGAUGAAUGGAUCAAGAUCCUCCAGUGGAAACUGUCACAGAUAAGGAAAGGACGAUGAUAGUCAUCCAUGGGGACACCUGGAGACAGCGCCGUUUCAUGGAAGAUACCUAAAGGAAUGCUUCAGAUCUGGAAUAUGUUACACAGCAUAUGAUCAGUUUUCAGUAAACUGCCUUUAGGUCUUUGAACAAGGAUUUUGACAGUUCUCUAAAGUUGCUCGAAAACAGUGUAUGGAAAACAGCAGCACUCACGCGAAUGUGUUUUAUGUAAAUAAAUAAGUAAUUAACUUCUUUAGUUAUAAUGUGCAUUUUUAAUGCAAUCUUGGCUGUGAACUAAGACACGUCAGCACAGUUUAGAUGGACACAGCAGCACAGAAAGGGUUUGGCUGUAUUUGACACUUGUGACUGACUCGUAGCUCAUUUAAAACUCAACAUUUGAGUUAGAGUGUCCACCAGAAGAUAUGUGGUGAUAGUAGCAAGACUUUGCAAUCAGUAAGUCAGAAUUAUUCAUGGCUUUUUGUGUAAAUAUGAACCCCUUGUAUUUUUUACAUUUACCUCACUCAGGAGUAAAACCGCCUGAAAUUUGUCUCUAACUGAUAAAUAGAUCAGAUAAAAACUUGUGAAUUUAAUAAAUGGAUUAU